GCUUUCUCUGUCUCUGCGAGCGUCUUUGAGCAGUUUUGACAUAUGCGCUCCCUCUCCACUUCUCUGCCUCUUUCUUUUUUCUCUCUGUCUUUCUUUCCACCAAUCCUGUACCUCUCCAUACACCUCUCUCUCCCCCCUGCCCCCCCUACCCCCCCAGGACAGGAAGAGGAGCGGUAGCAGGGAGCACCAGCAAAGAAGGUUGACCACAAUAACAGGAAGAGGAAGUGGGCAGUGACCUGUGUGUGUGAGAGAGAGGGAGAGGGGACUGUAGUUCGGACAGCUGGGGUUCACCACUGCACUUUUGGCUUCUGGGUGAGAAAAUCACAUCAUAGACGACGGGGGAAAAAAAGAUUACAAGCCUCCAAAACCUGUUGGACUCCUGAGGGGAUAAACCUGGAUAAUCUGAGGAGAACAAACAAGCUGAUAAAACAACUUUAUAACUGGAGCCGUUGGAGUUUUUACCUGUUCGAGGACAGAGACUUGAAGAGAUUUUGUAAUUUUGAAAUCUAACUCCGGGAUACAUUCUCCUUUAAGAGGCAUCCGCCAAUACUUUAUCAUUACAGACUUAAAUUAUUAUCUUUCCCUUGUCCAGAGAAAGGAUUUGUGCUGAAAACCUGCUUAAAAAGCCACAGGAGACAGAAAUCCCUGCCUGUACAACAACACCUGCUGCUCUCUUUCAACAUCAGAAAGAGCCCACAGUCAAAAAAGAAAAGAAGCGAGAGGGGGGAAGAGACAGAGUUGAAUCAGGAGGCGGUUUUGCUCCCUGUUGAGCGCACGACCACCUACCAGCCUCUAAUUUCUACCACAACCUGCCACAUUAAUAAAGAAUAAACCCAGAGCGAGAGAGGAAGAGAGCAGGCUUUAGAGAUUUCAUUCCGUGGAGAAACAAAGGUCUGAACACUUCUACUUGAACUGGACUAACAACCUGUGAGGUGAGUUCUCUUUUUCUGCGUUGUGGUUGCAAAAUUCUGAAGAAAAAAGCUGGUUUUACUGUUAUGUGUGCAUGCACAUGUGGUGCUUUCCUCUCUAUCAAAGGGGAGUGAAAGUGUUGAUUUCCUUGUGUAAUGCAGCUUUGUCAGAUAAUGUAAUCCAGAGAUCCUUUAGAGAACCCUGCAGGCUACUUUGCCAGUCACCACAGGGUGAAACGCUCAUCAAUAAGGGUCAAACUGUGCGGAGGGAGUCACAGAAAUAACUUGAUACGGCUGUUUCUAACCCCUGUAAGGACGGGCUGUCAACCGUCACAGUCCACAUAUGUUACGCCAAUGAUCUCAGACAGCUCGGUGUAGAUUUGAAUGCUGUAAUUGAGUGCCCCCACCUCCCCUCCCUUAACCACCCAUUUUCCCCAGAGGCUGGACUGUCAUUCCUGAGCACAGACGGCUGCGACCAUUAAGACGAUACAGGAUGAUCUGUAGACAGAGCAGGAAAAAAAAAAAAUCCUUAAAAAAGGGAGAAACGAAAUCCACCAGGAGGAUAUCGGCCGUUCAUUUUUAGGGUUCCACUUUGAAAAAUCUCAUUUUUGUUUUGUAUCUGUCAACUUAAUGUCUGUUUUUUUGGAUAAACAGCACUGAUGACACUGUUUAAUAUUUGUGAACUUGUCAAAACGUUGUUGAGUGGUGUGGAAAUACGGCAUUUUGGAAUCAGACUUCCCUGCUAUACAUGACGUUGAUGUUUGAUCUUAUUCCUUCUUGUACAGUUUAAUCCGAACAGGUCUUUCAGUAAAAUGGUCAUACGUGAUUGUUUGAGAGGUUACUCUGCGAAUCUGCCGUGCUUUGAUAUAAGUUGUGGUUUUCCUGGACAUCUCAUUACAAGUGUUUCCCUUAGUUUGUCCACACAAUAACAAAACCACAUUUGGAGUAAUAAAUGUCCACUGUGUAACUGGAGCUAAUGCCCACAGUGACAGAGGUGAUUUGAUAUGGUGGUUGUUACACUGAAGGCUGUCGAUAGAACUAAACCCAGUGGUCUAAUUCCUGGAGAGGGAACUAUCAGAGGGAAAAUCCUUUGGGUGCCAUCUGGGAGACUUCACCCUCCCGCACAUGCACACACACGUACACACAUGCACACACACACACACACAAGAUUCCUGAUUAGAGCCAUUCGUUCGUUCAUUCAGAUAUACGUCAAAGUAGUUGACAAGCUGUCCAGAUGUGACGAUGUUAGCUCAGCCGAAGUUCCUGAUUACAACUGAGAGACCCAGUUAGGGUUUAUUUCAGUGCCUGACCUGUAUUCUGCACUUUAUGUCAUACACAUGAAUUUGGACAAGAUUUGAUCCCCUUGAACAACAUAGGAAUUGGUUUCAACAUCUCAUCUUUGGGAAAUGACUCUUGACAUUUCACCUGGAAACAUACUCAACAAAAUAAUACAUGUUUAAAGAGUCUAAGAGGAUGACUCAAGGAAGAUUUAUCAUGAAUGUUUCAUGUCUGAAGCUCCUGUUAAGACCAACACGAUGUCUGAUUGGUCAGAUUUUCUUUUUACAAGGCGAUCAUCAUACAAUAAGAAAAAACUACUUAAGCAAUUAUGUUCACAAGUUCUGCAUUCAUGAGCUAUGUUGUAUAAGAACUGAAAAAUCACUAUUUUUGGGAUGUUGUAGCUGAAAAUUUUGCCUUCAGCAAAGACGAGGGCUGACAGCUGAGCCAAAACCAAUGUGGAUAACACACUCAGCCUUAAAUGAUCCUCAGAUGUCUGUUGGUCAUUACUGUCAGUAUGAAAGCAGCACGAAAUCCUUCAUCACCGGUCCACUUCAACAGAACAGAUUAUUCUGAUUGUGUGAGAAAAUACACUAAUAAAGUGAGGGAGAAUGAAAACCAAUCACAGCCUGCAUACACUUCGUGACAAGACAGUGUCAGUGAGGACACAGUAAGCAUAUUUGAGUAUAUGUUUGUGUGUGUGUGGGGGUGUGUGUGGGGGUAUGUGUGCGAGUGGUAUCGAGUCCUGGUGUGACUUGCUGGCAGACAGAUUGUUAGAAGCUGCUCUGUGAUUAAACAUGUUUUAAUCUUGACAACAGACACCCACUACAGUAUUCAGCAGUCUGACACCAAAUGUAGAUUUGAAGCUUUGGAGUUUGUUCCUGUGGCCCAAACACACAGAUGAACAAAGUCCAGAUUUUAGGGUAGUUAAAGUCGACCAAAGUAAACCAAACUGUGUCAGAGACUUCAUUUGAAGAGGGAUUUGUGCUUAAGCUCAGCAAGCUCAGCAAGAAAUUUUUGGUAAAGUAAAAUUGACCUGUUAUUUGUCCUCUAAGUUCUACUUGUAAUAGGCCUAGUCUGAAAUCAACCUGUGGAAAGUUCUAUUACAAGGUUAACAGACAUCAAACUUGUGCAGGUUCAACCUCUGGGGAGUUGAAACAAAUGUCAUAGUUUCUUGCCUGUUCCAUUAUGCUGCAUGGGUGCAAAUAAAAGAUUCAAUGCAAAGAUGAUGCAAAAGUGAUUGAUGACGUGACCAUUAACUUCAACAUGUUUUGUCAUCUCGGGAGUGAGAUUAGUGCGAACUAUCUUUGUGGCACUUGGAACUUUCCAUACGGGGUGUGUCUUUUGAUCCAGUGGAGCAACUUCAAGGUUGUCUGGAGUUUAAAGGGUUCAUCCUCAGGGGACCGUGGAUAUUCUUAACUGACCUCAUAGCAGUCAAGCUACCAGUUAUUUCCUUUUAGAGUGUGUAUAUCAUAGAUUGUAUAGAGAAUGGACGCUGUCUGCAUCCUCGCUGGGUGAAGCCAUCGCGAGAACAGCACCCUCUGAUGACGGGCUGCAGUAUAGGUCAUCAAUCCCACCUCUUCCAGCAAUUCCUAUGGAGCUGUGGACAAAUUUUAGAAGUUGAUUACACAGAAUGUAAAAUUUUCUCCUCCCUGGUUGCGAUGUUGACAUGUAGUUACUGUAAGACUGGUUUGUGCUCAAGUCCUCUUUUUUUUCUGUGCGGCUCCAUUUUUAAAAGUUAUUAGGGGGUUCAUGUUUUCUAUGGUUGACACUUGAUACAGCCUAUGAGCGUAUGAAGAUUGUGUAGCUCAUCCAGGGAAUAUGCUGUUUGAGCCAAGCCUCAUCACAGUGACUCUCCCGCUGAAUGCAAACAACGCUACUGCGCAAGUGGUGGGUGCAGGAAGUGGAGAAAAUCCUGGAAAUACCGAGAGCAAUUCAGCUCUAAAUUCUUAUGACAACGGAAGGCGGACCAAAGUUUUCCAUAGUAUAUACAGUCUACAGUGGACGUUCUUGUCGAGCUGUGUAACUUAAACUUGUCCAAAAUGUAAAAGGUUCAACGUCUGCAGAUCAUGAUAAUCUGCUUUGAUUAGCAUCAGUUUUUUAUGGAAGUGAACGCUGUGGCCUGAACAGGUGAAUACUGGCCAAAGUCUUCGAACUCAUCCACAUCCUCAGGACACAUUCUCUGGGACAAAGAUCACAGCAAAUACAGAAAGCAAAUCAUAAUUUUCACAGUCUCCUUGCCAACUUUUUGGUAUUUAAUUCAUAAUAAAUAACCACAUGGAAGGACUAAACAGCUGACACACACGAGACUUAUAAACCAGCCUAAGACAUAGUCACCCUUUUGUAAAAUACAAGCAGGCAGGGUUAUCAUUUUGUCUGACUCAUUCAGCAGAAACUGUUGUAUCAUUUAAUAUUUCUUAUACCACUAAAUUCACACCUUUAGCCACAUUUCAGUCUUAUUGUAAAUGUUUUAACUGUAACAGAUUUUUAUUGCUUUAAUAUUAGGCAUUUUGCCAACUCUUUAAACGACACUUAAGCAGACAACUUCGUUCUGUUAACUUGUGGUGCCGGAUGUAGCUGCUGGUUGGGAAUUGGAUAUGAGACAUGGUGACACAAACCACAGAGCCAGCUGCAUUUGAUUGUCUGACAUUUUAAGAAUUAAAGACAAACAUUUUUAGAUAUUAAACUUCCUUUGUGUAAUCCAGGGCCCACAGAUAAAUGAUGGAUGACACUCAGAGAUGACUGACACAUGCCUUGUCCCCACACAGAUUUAUCAUAAAGGAUGGCAGAUCUCUAAAACACUGAAACAUGAAAAACACACUUGUGCACCAACUUCAACGUCCCCUCAGCGAGCAGCAGGAUUAUAAAGUCUUGUUGACUCGUUUCUAUGCUUUAGCCUUUGGUUGAGUGAAACUAGGUCAGACCUGUCUGCCAGUCACAAAACAUCCUGCAGAAUGACAACUGUAUCUCUGCUCCUCCGUCACACUCUCACACGCUCCCUCGCCUGCGGACAAUGUACAGAUGUAAUUACAGAUAUUCCUGGAUGUUAUUUAUUCUCCAUACCUCUGAACGAUGCCUUUGAUAAACACUGCCAUAAAUAAACUUGUAUAAUCCUGAAGUGAGCUUUGCAUGCAUGAAGCUUGCAGUAGAGAGGAAUAAAAGGGCGAUUAUCAAAAGAUUAACAACUACUGCCGUAAAUCAAAAUGACAGGUGUAUACAACUGUAUAAAAGGAAUGUAAACUUCAUUUACAUCUUAUUGAUCAUACUCAACCCAUCUGUCACUUUCCAUAAAUCACUGUUGACUGUCUUCUGAUGUGAAACUGACAGUAAAGGGUUUAAAAGUGAACUGAAGUUAAAUUGAGACUAAAAAGAUUUGUUGAACUGGUUGUAUCCUGUUUUUGAGCCCUGCAACAUCCAUUAAGGUGCUAAGUCUGCUUUUAAGGUGAGGCAGAGAGUGACAGGAACGAGAGAAGAAGAGAGGCAAAGAAGAAAAGGUGAGAAAAGGAAAAAAGGAGGCAUGAUACACGGGAGACAGAAAUAGAUUGUGUGAACAUCUAGAUGCAGUUUUUACCUUGAGAGAUUUGACUGGAGGGAAGAGUAGAAAUUCAAGGGAAAAAUGAGUGAAGAAAGAGACGACUGAGCAAAACAAAGAGACAGAUUUAAGUUCGAGACAUCAGGGACACAGGUCAAAGUGUGACAGACAGUAGCAAAUUGAGACCUCAGAAAAGGGGAAAUGAAACCAGCAGCAGCAGCUGAAUACCAGGAAGGGUGUGACCACUCACUAAUGACGGCCCUUCAUUAACAGACUGUGUUAUUUCCCAGAAGGCAUUGUGUUUACACUUCCUGUUGCUGAUAAAAGGGGAGGAGUAAGACCCUGCCCGUUAAAGACGGAAACAAAGUUUUUAAAAAAUGCCCUUUUACGGAGAAUUGGUCCUCAGGAUUCGUCACCAUUGAAGUAGCUGUGUGUGCAGAAAACCCAGUCAUAGGAUGUGAUUAUACAUGAGUCAAAGGAUACACUGAAUUAAUGUAAACGUGAGAAAUAGUCCAGCUGAGUUCAGAGCCAACAUGUAUCUCAAGAAUUUCAUUGUUCAUCAAUGGUUGUGUCACAGCAGGCCUAUAGCCCCAAUCUGCCAGAUCCAAAUAAACCUCUCAGGAUGUACCUAAACAAAUUUUAGAUCAAGAUCAGAGUUUGAACUGCCAGUUUUCAGUUUUAAAUGAUGAUUAAAAUACAUGUACAUAAGCUCAAACUCAUAUUUUCAUUUAUACUGGUGUUCAUGAUUAGUUCAUGAAUAGCAACAUUACCAGAAAAGAUGACUGAACACUCUCAGCAUUGUGCCCUUUAUAAAAUACAUUUUCAGGUAUUAAAAAUGCCUCCUACCAAGGAUAAACCAACAUCUCAUGAUGUGUUUUUUGAUCUUUUCAUCAUUGAUUUCCACAUUUAGCUCACACUGAAAACAGACUUUGAAACCCAAACAUACAUUUGAUUAUUUUUGAUAGUUUUGUAAUACAUAUUUUAUUAACUUGUAAUUCCAUUAAGAACACCCUUAGGUCAAAACUUGUUUAAAGCCUUGAUCAUUCUAAGAGUCUUCAGUAGAGUCUGUUAAACUGCUUGGCAUCAGUGAAAAUCAGACAUUAACACUGUAGUUUUAAGGUUACACAAGUAUCCUCCUUUUUUGCAAUCUACUUUUUAAAUCGUACUAAAUAAAACCCCUUCAUCAUCCCCAAUGCAUGUUUACAUCUAUAGCUUUUCAAAGAUGCAGAAUGGGUCAUUUACAACAAUACUGGUCAAACACUUAAGAUGUAAGGGUAAGUCAGAUUUACUGGAAAGUCUCCUUGUGCGAGGCCUGUGUUUUCCAAGGUCUCUGCGUGAGAACAUACAUACACAGCGCAGGGUGUGAUUGCUUUGUUUGUCCAGAACAUGUUGAGAGGAAGGAUAUGAGCUGACACACAGUUAAAACUAAGCUGGGUGAGGAGAAGGACAAUAUUGGACGUUGCCAGGAAAGAAAUUUGGCUUUUUAAAGUGGUCUUGUCUGACUGUGAGGUUGUGUUGUUUAGAGGAGAGAGAAAUCUAAAAUGAAAAAAGUAAAACAAAACUAGAGGGUACAGUAUUGCAGCUAAAUGAGCUCGAAUACACAUCUAAAAAUGGUUGAAAAACAGAAUAACUAUUAGAUACGGAGAAGCCAAAGAAUAAACUUUUAGAUCUCACCAAUGAGCAAUUCGCAAGGAUUUCUCUGUUUUGCUUUUCAUCAUUUAGUCAUAUGAUACAAGUUGUUUAGCUUAUGAUAUGUACAUAUGUGUACACAUUCCUAUUACAUAAUUCAAUAUGUCCUUUGUACUGAAGUUUUCACAUGUAAAAAUUACAUUCUCUAAUUUCAGUAAAUUGCUGUAGGCUAUUGUUUUCAUUGCAUUUACUUUUACAGACUCUUGUUACUCUCUGAAACCACCCUAUGAAUGCACAGACUUGCUUGUAGGACCACUCUGCUAUACAAAGCAGAUAGAAACCCAGCCUUUCUAUCUUGUGGUUUUUUUUUCUACAGUCUGUGGGGGGAAAAAAGAGAGAAAUAAAGGAUUUUAAUAAAAACAAACAAAUGAACAAACAAAAAAAAACGGCUCACAGACAGGAGCCAGCUCUUUGAACUGGUUCAUUCAUGUCUGACACAUCACUGUUAAUUUUCCCCUUUCUUCCCCACUUGUCUGUUUCAUUGUGUUUGUUUUUUUUUGUGUUUUUUAUCCAAAUGGAUAUAGAAGUGAUUAAGGCCAUUGUCAAGAGAGCCAGUGCAUAGGUACACUCACAGAAUAGGAAAUAAAUCACUUCCCCCCCUGAACCUUGAAUCCCAUUUUCUCAGAGUCAUAGCUUAAAAAACACAGACAAUUAACAACAGUGCAAUAAAUUCAAUACAGUUGCGACAUUAACAAUAUCCCUUGGUACACUGAGACGACUGAUGCUCCUCUGAUUAGGAGUUUUAUUCCAAAUUCUGUUUCAAUUGGAUACGUGGGUUUUCAGACGACGAAAAAGUAUUUUUGUUCUUGCAGAUGGAGGAGGAUUUUCCGUUCAGUCAUGUCUUUGACUGUGGACACUCCUCUUCAACAGUCCAGAGUAAUUUGCAUUAAUAAACUCUGAUUUUGUGUUUAAUUAAUUUAGUCCUGAAAAGAAACCAAACAAAGAAAAAAACACAAGAGGAAAAGUUAAAACCCAAACAAAGGGAUGGGAACUAAAGGCCAAACAAACAGCGUUGAGCCUUUGUUUGGGCUGAUUUGUGGGGAGCCGUGUGAAGAGGUCAGGGGAGGUCAGCAGAAUACGAGAUUAGGCCAUUAGUGGAAGAAGACUUUGUGCGGGUAUAAUCCCCUCAUCGUAAUCUCUCUUCCUCAUCCCUGCUGCUAAUGGCUUGAAGACAAUAAAAUGCAGUAAUCUGUCUAUUGGGAUGGCAUAGGGCUGUGCUGAGAUAUCUACAGCGCACAUACAGACAAAAAUGUUUUGAAGAUUAUUUUCCUGGCAUUUCUGCUUUAUUAGAUAGAGCCCAGUGGGGGGGAGACUGGAACCACGGGAGACAUGGAGAGACAGGCAAAGAGGGUGAGCCAGCGAGAGGGAUCAUGAGGAAACGCCAAACUUUACAAGGCUGUUGGUUUUUGUUUGCAUUAUACAUUUUUAUUUUGGUUAAAUAGUGGUAAAAGGCUUGAAGGCAUGAGCGAGUGAUGCAAGACAUUGAAACAUCUUCCAAGUCGUAACCAGUCAGUAACCAUAAAUCAGAUGAGGUGCCAGUUUGGCUUAAAAUUUCCACCAAAUUUCAAGCAGCACUCUAAUUAUGGCCCUCCAUAAAAGAAAAUGUGUUUCAUUUAGGCAAGGAAAAAAGAGAAGAGGAAACAUGGUGUGUCUUGAUGUGUUUAUUUACACUGGGACAGACCUUCACUGUUUAAAGUUUAAAAUACAGGCUAUUACAAUGCUUUUUGAAAGUUUGGCAGAUGAGGAAAGACUCGUGAUUUUUUGCUUCCUCAGGUAUGAUCAUGACUUUGAUUUGUUCUGCUUGGUUUGACACUGGUUGUGGAUGUAGAUUAAGGACAUAUGCUUUAGUUAUUGCCUUAUCAAAAUGCUUGGUCAUAUCCAUAGACUUCAUUUACUAUGGACAACUUGGUUCCACCUUCCGUCAUUAUACGAAUUUGAAGCCGAAUUGCUUUAUGUUUUUCCAGGAUUUUCUCCACUUCCUGAAACCAACAUUACACAGUAGCGUUGUACACAUUUCACCACUUGCACAGUAGCAUUGUACACAUUCAGUGGGAGAGUUGCUGUGAUGACGCUCUGCUCAAACAACAUAUUCCCUGGAUGACCUAUGCAAUCUUUAUACACCCAUAGGCUGUAUCAAGUGUCAAUCAUAAAAACAUAAACCCCGUAAUAACUUUAAAAAUGGAGCUGUACAGAAAAAAAGAGGACUUGAGCACAAACCAGUCUUAGAGUCACUACAUCAACAUUGCAAGCAGGGGGGAAAAAUAUAUAUAUAUUCAGUGUAAUACAUUUCUGAAGUUUGGCCACAACUCCAUAGGGAUUGUUGGAGGAGGCGGGAUAUAUGACCUAUACCGCAGCCCGUCACUAGAGGGUACUGUUUUCAGGGUGACUUCACCCAGAGAGGAGGCAGACGGUGUCCAUUCUAUAUACAGUCCAUGAUCAUAUCUUACAUACCUUGAGGUCCUUACACAACGGGAAUGAUGCAAAGAUACAACGUGAAUUUACUAAAUAUUCGGAGGCGAAUUUUGACAUGCCUGACUAUACACAUCUGGCCUGAUGUGAUUUUUUUGAUUUCUUUCUGGGCAGAAGCGAGAAGACUGACACAACAGCAGACUGACUGUUUUUCAGUUCUGAUUAGACUCUAGUGUUGAGAUGGCUGUCUGUCAUGAUAGCAUGUACUGAGUCGGGGCCAGUACCAUAAGCACAUUAAACUAUAAUCCAUAAACGUACGGUAACAACCGAGACCUGAUGGUGCUGUGACAGCAACGCUGUGAUUGAGUUUGAGACAGUGAAAAUACAUACGGUAUGUUGUAUCUGAACAUGUUAGCUAACAAGCUAAAGUUACUUAGCACAGAUGAAAGUUAAAACAAAGAUGUUUAGCAAACUGUUAAAGCACACAAACUAUCGUCAUAUGAGAAAUCCGACGCUAUGACUCUCCACAAGUUGUCCUUCAGGUCGUUAUCUUUGUAAUAUUUGUGUCUUUUAUCAAAAUGCACUCUGUUCCCCGACCUGUAAACAAUCAGCUGGUCGGCCAUGUUGGAUAUACCAGUGAACAGACAUCGCAACAAUACACCAUCUGAUUGGAAGCGGACACACAGUAUGCGAAACUUUAGAAAUAUCGACUGUGAAACAAAAAAAUAAAUGCCGCAAUAUCACAGGACGGGAAAACGUCACUGAUGUGAACGCUUGUAUUGACAGGAUAAAAAAAAAAUGACGUCCAGAAUAAUCCCAUGGAAAAAAACGCUCCCGGUGUGAAAGGACCUUUAGCCUGUUGUUUGUAGAUUAAUGGCAUUUCCAUUAUAGGGGAUCAUGCAUUAGAGGAGACACUGUACCAAAACUCCUCUAAAAGUGCUUUUCAGUGGUUGGCCACAUAAGGGUGAAAACACUGCAUCUGUUGUUAGUUGUUAGUUUGGACACUAUGCUCUCUGUGUUAAGAUGAAUCUUACAUGUCUGUGAUUCACCUAAGAAAUAACACAAUUCAAGUUACAAACGAGUGAAAUUUUUGAUUAAGUAAAAACUUUGCACUUCACAUUAAGGCAUAACUUAAACGGAGCCCAGAUACCAUGCUGCUUGAAAAUCAAGCAGAAAUCUUUUUUCUUGUUGAUCUCCUGAAAUUUUUAAAGCGCUCCACCUGCAGCUUCAUAUUUUUGUAUUUGUGUGUUUUGUCAUCACAGAUGUUGUUUGGCUUUCCAGUAGACUGGUUUAGUAACAACCAGUCAUGAGCUAUGUGAACUCUGGGGAUCUCUUCCUGGCCCUAAAAAUUAAAUCUAUAAAUCUAUCUCUAUAUAACUUAACUGGGAACAUUAUUUUGCUGGCAGAGCAGCUGAUGAUGCAGUUGACGAAUAGGAUAUAUAUUUUUUUGUGUUUCUGGGUUGUGUUGUUAUUGGUAAUGAUAAAAUAUCAAAGUCAUAAAUCCACGAGUUUUGGGACUUAUCUGAUUCCAAAACAUUGCACAUUGCUUUGAAAUAGUGAUGGGGUGUAAUACUGUUUCAUAACUAAUUUACCAUUAAUGGUUUUAUCCUCAAUCUCAAUAAUCUCUGGGUAAAUGGUAGAAUCAGGGCUUCUGUGUUUUGAGGAAAUCUACUGGAAAUGGUAGUUUAUUUGUUUAAGCCUAGGUAAACUGGAUAUAACUUUUAUGGCCAAAAAUAGCAUGCAUUUAAUUUGUAGGAGCCUUUUGUGUUAGGACAGUUUUUGUACAAUCAUAUCUGGGUUAUGAACCUUGUGAAAAAGCUGCAUUUUCUCGUGGUAUUCGACUCUUAACAUGAAUGUGACCUUAUUUCGCCUUAUAAUCCCAGAUUUUUAAGAAUUUGUAUCCACUACAAAGCCCUCAGUGUUAUGCCAAAACCCUGUACUUUUCCAUGAUUUUAUGUGCUGCAUUAAAGGGAAAAAAAAAUACCAAUCAAAUAUUUAAAAUGUCAAACAGUCCCUCUAUGGUAAAUGGCUUUUCUAAUGGCUGAUUAAGACAGUCAUCCUAAGUGGUUUUAAUGUCAACUCGUCUCACCAUCUCUUUGUCUGUCUGUCUGUCUAUCUCUCUCUUGUGCUUCACCAGUGGGUCAGGACCUAAAAUGGGUCACGGGCCCAUGUUUAAUAGAUCCCUAUAUGACCACGGUAGUGAUAUGCCUCAGUCUGGGUCCCAUGAUGAGAGGCUAAAUGCUUCAUUUGGGUCCCUGGCUGAAGAGGUUUAAGAGCCCUGGUUCUCAAUGAUAGCUAGACCUCGAGCUCAGUAAGGGGGCGGAGAGUCCUUGGCCUUCACUUUGAGUCUCACCCUGGCACUGUGAAGGCUUCUGUCCAUGCCUGAUAAGUGGUUUUAAUGUGAUCUCCUCUCCCCUCUUUCCCUCUCCCUCCAUAUUCCUCACAUCAUUUAUUCCUCUCUUGCCUCUUCCUUCUCAUACUUUUCUUCUUUCUUUCACCCUUCUUUCCCCUCAUCCCUACCCCCACUCUUUGGUCCUUACAGAUGAUGGCUUGGCUUCAGCUGUGUGCCAUGAUGGGGCUUAUGGCCGCUAUGGCCCUGACGCUGUCUCUCGCUGAAGAUUCUGGCCUUCCUGUAGUGGACGCAAAGAAACAGAGCCAUCUUGAGAUCGUAAAGAAGCACAAGUAUCCAGUUCUAUUCAGGCAGAAAAGGGAGUGGAUCUGGAACUCUCUCUACGUGGAAGAGGAGAAACCUGCACCUAUUGCCUACAAAAUUGGACAGGUAGGUCAAAAUUCAGGGGAGAUUUUUACUUAACAUUAAGAAAAUGCUGCCUGGACAUGAGUAUUGCCUGAUGCCCAGUACAUUGCAUUGAUGGAAUAAAAAAAGACAGAUUUCUUAUUUCUUGCAAGCUUAGACUGAAAAACACACAUAAGCACAAUCUUUUGCUGACUUUUUUUUCUAUGAAGUUAGCAAAACAGGUUAGAGGAGGGACUGUGCAUGACUGCUGUGCUUGUUGGUACUGGGUACCUAAUACUGCACUGGAGGGAGUAUAUCAAUACUGGUAUCAAUCGAUAACUGUAUAAAAGGAUGGAAGGCUCACCCUCUCCCUGAAAGUGAAGCCAAAAUACUUCAAGCUUAGAUGCAGCUUUAGCAAUUUAACUGAUGAGGUAUGAGUGGCAUAAAACUUUUUCCAAUAUGCUUUCCAUCGCUACAGUCAGUUGUUUGUCAUAGAAUAGGAAACACUAGGAUAUGGCAUGACAAAAUUAGUCGACACAAUACAAAGUGAUGCAGUACCAAAUGGAACAAUACAGAACAAAAUAAUACCUAAUGAUAUGAUAUUAAACAAGACGAGACUACACAAAAUAAUACUAUUCAAUGUAAUAUAAUACAAUUUGAAAUGAUGUGAUCCAGUAUAAUGCAAUAUGAUGUGAUAUAUAAUACAAUAAGAUGAGAUAGAUAUAUACAAUGUCAGAAGAUAUGAUAAGAUAUAAUACAGUAUAAUACAAUAUGAUAUGAUUCAAUACAACAGAUGUUAUAUGAUACAAUAUUAUAUGAUAUAAUACAAAAACAUGUGAUUAGUGAUUAUAUGAUAUGAUGCAAAAUGAUACAAUAUGAUGUGACACAAUGGGAUAGAAUUUGAUACAAUACCAAACAAUACAAUACAAAAUAAUAUGAAACGAUACUAAAUGAUAGGAUAUGAUACGAUAUAAUAUGAUAUGAUAUGGUACUAGUACUUAGUAUACACGUAGAAUGUCCCAAUUUAAGUUGUGCCCAACUGCAUCCAAAAUAGUACCAAUGAUUAAAACAAUGUUGAAAUAUUCCAUUUACUCAGAAAACACAUACCAAAGAGACCACAAGCAAACAAGCAACACAUAUUGUAAAUUACCCAUAUUGCAUCAAAGGACAGCAUUAUAAAAGAAAGAUAAAUGCCAAAUAGAUAAGAACAUCAUGAUGCUCUUGCACAAACCCCAAAGCCUCAAGAAACAUCAUCUAACAUUUUGAUCAAGGCAGGCACAAGCGAUUCUUAACAGUGGUUCACAUCAAUCAAAUUGAUUAACGAGUAUGUUCACUUCUUUUUACAUUGACUUUAGUUUUUUGAUGUUGGUAAAAAAAAAAUUAAAAAAAAAGAUGUGAGGUAAUGCUUGACUGCUCUGCUGAUAAAUGCAGGCUAUUGCAGCGAUCUUUACUAGACUAUCAAAGUACAUGAAACUUUUAGUAAAGGUAAGCGUAUACUUCACACUGUUACAAGAAUCUGCUCAUCUGUGUGUGUCUUGGUCGGCAUGACUUGUAUGUCAUCAGUGCAAUGAAGGUAUCCGUACUCUGGUAUAAGGAGUGUUUAUACACAGUCCGUGGUAUUGCUGUAGUAAGUAUCAAAGCAAUUAUGAGCAUUAAUAACUAAAACAAUCCAAUACGAAUAUUUCUCUUUUUGUUCUGUAUCCAGCUGCGGCAGUUUCUCUCAAAAUGUUCAUGAUCACCUCAUGGCUCUGUGGCUGUGGCCAGGUUUCAUUCUGUUCGUUGCUAUAGCCUGCCAAGCACCUGUCACUUGUUGCUAAGCAAUUCAUUGAAAACUAUCUGAGCAAUCUUGUUAAUUAUUUGGUGAACCAUUGAAUAUCCGUAUCCUCACUUUGUUAAAAAAAAAUCAAAAGCUGGGACCAUGUUUCAAACCAUGUAUUCUUUCACAGCUGAAGUCGAGCCAGAGAGUGGAGGUGAAGAGCUUUAAAAUUGAAGGUGAAGGAGCAAACACCAUCUUCACUGUGGAUCGGAAAGGGGACCUGUUUGUCACUCGAGCUCUGGACAGAGAGGAGAAGAGUUUUUACCAUUUGACUGCCACAAUGUACGACGGAAAUCACAAGCUGAUAGAGGAUGCUGGAGAGUUUGUUGUGCAGGUCACAGACAUCAAUGACAACACUCCUGUUUUCCCAAGAACAUAUAAUGGAUCCAUUAUGGAGAGGUCCACAAUUGGUAAGUAGGCCACUUCACAAGGGUUUUUUAAUCGGUCUUUGCUUUUUCAUCUUGUACACAAAGGGGGACAUUGUAGUCAACUUUCACGGUCUUGCAGUGUCUUGAGAACAAGAACAAAAUAUGUGUUUCCAACAGUGUGAAGAAACCAUAAAUGCAGCACAUUCUUGCAGGGAGACUUUUCUUUUGCUCCAAGAAUAUAUUUGACAUUUACCAUCCAGUGAUAAUUUAGAGCAAAAAUAGACGAGGCUGUGAAACGUCUGGGAAAAAUGUAACAUAAUGUCAACGCCUGUCACAUUCAUUAACACUUGCCUCUGUGAAAAAAGACACAUUGCUGACUUAAAUAACACAAUCUUAGCACAUAAUCAUAAAGAAUUAAUCAGCGAAACAGCCCUGAUGUUCAAUACUGGAGCAUCUGGGUUUGGAUUUCUUUGCAGAUCACUCAGAACGUGAGCGUUUACAUAGAACAUUUUCUCUUAUCCAUUUCUCCUUUAGGAACUAAAGUGGUUGAGGUGAGGGCGACAGAUGCCGAUGACCCCACCACUGCUAAUGGAGAACUCAGGUACUCGUUGACUCACGACCUUUCUGCCUUCCAAAUCGACAGCAUCACAGGUAAGUUUGCCGCUACAACAUCCAGCAUGAUCUUAACCCUGCAGCAACAUUGUAAUUUUAAUCCCUAACAAGUAGAUGUUGAAGCUAUUUCGACUUGAAUAUGAGUCAGAGCUGACCUCAAAGAGAUAACACCUCUCUCUUUUUCCCUCUGAACUGUCUCUCUGCAGGUGUGAUCAGCUGCAAGAUAAACUCUCUGGACCGGGAGACCAAGGGGCAGUAUGUGGUGGUUGUUAAAGCUCAGGACAUGAGAGGCAUGGCCUCUGGCAGCACAGCCACCACCUCUGUCACCAUCACCAUCACAGACACCAACGACAACAUCGCUUCUUUCACCCGAAGUAAGAUACAGAGUGCAAAAAGGACUGUGAAAAUCUGUAGUGGUGAUUGAAAUUUUUGAAAUGGCUCUCUGUCACACAUUGAUAUAAAAAUGUGCCCAUUAAAUAUUCAUUAAAUUUACCGAAACUUUUCUAUUACGAAAUGUAAUUGGUGUUUUUCUCUCUGUCUGCAGAGGUUUAUGACCUGCAUGUUCCAGAGGAUCACAAGCUGAAUGAGAAGAUUGGCACGCUGGAGUUGGAGGACAGAGAUCAGAUUCAGAACAAGGAACCAAUUUUUACCAUCCUCAGUGACAAUACCAACAUGUUUAACAUUGAACCGAGCCCGAACAAGGACGGUAACCUCAUGCUCAAAAAGGUAAGAGGCUCAUGAAGCAGUGAGUGAAGAGCUGGUAUCUCAAGGGCAACAUUUUUAUCACUGAACUGGAAGAAAGAGAGUAGUUUAGUUUGAAAAAAUAUACCCACGCUUCUGAAUCACAGAUCCAAAACCGAUAAGAAACUUAUUUCAAAGCAGAAUUACAAGGUGGUUUUGAUAUUCGUUUUAAAUUUGAGGUAUUUCAGUCAUGCUUUUAUUGAGGAUGUCAUAGAAAAGGCAGAUAAACAGGUUUUCAUUCCAGCAUCUGCAAUAUUAUGAACAUUGCAGACUGACCCCUAACAGGUGUUUGUUGCUUAUCAACAAUUGGCCACUAAUUAACUAAAAAAACAAUAACUAAUUAUUAUUACUAUUAUUUUUAAGAAUACAAAACCCUAGAGUUUGUGUCUCCUUCGAGUGAGGGGGACUAUUUCGUUUUGUAGGAUUUCCUGUAUUCUUGCUUCUCUGGAUUGUGCUCUUCAGAUAAAGUAUUUAGGACAUCAGAGAGCUGGAAAUAUACACUAAUAAAAUGAGCUCUUAAAUAGCUCUCACCAGAGCAGGCCUUGAAUCGAAUCUUCUCUCUGCUCAACUCGCCCCUCAGCUCUGCAGCCCUUCUCAUCUCUCUCAGCCGUUGUGUUUACAAGCACACAGUAAGCCGGCUAUCGGACACACUGCGGUUGAGGCCUUAUUCUUGUUAAGCUGUUUACACAUGCCUUUGAUACCCUGCCACUGAAUAUACCUGUUAGCAUGAAUAAUCCAGUUAACAGAUUAUGUCUACCUGCGGUGUCCUGUCCACUGAUAAAACAGGCCUCCAGGAAAAAUAACAUUUAACUUUGCAGCGACUGAAAAUGAAGAGGGGGAAAAUAAUUCCUGCAAAAAUCUGACCAUAAGAAGUGUUUGCUAACAUAUAUGCACUGCCAUGAACAUGCAACAUGCAACAGUAAAAUACUGUGCAAGUUGACAAAAUUCAAGAAAUAAGGUAUUUCCAUGCAUGAUCACAUCUUAUUAGCAUGGUGGAGAAAGUUUGCGUCUCAUCAUGUUUCUGGAAUCCAGAGUUAUGAGAUUAACCAGGUUGUUCAAGCUGAGACGUGACAUUUAGAGCCUUUUUACACCUGGCAUCAACCGCUGUCCUCGGUGAAUACACGCAGGUGUUAAUGCACCGAGGAGGAAGUCAGGGGAUGCAUUUGUGCAGAAAUAAAGUGAAGUGUGAAACCAAUGUCUGCAAAAGUCUAAAAACAGACGACAAAGACGAGAGGGUAUACAUAUCUGAAGAGACAGAGUUACUUGAGUGACAUUGAACAUGAUGUGCUCACUCGAGAGACAAAGGUAGAUGCUGAAAUGUAAGUAGAGAGAGUCACAUAGAAUACUUCUGAUAUUUUAUGUGCAGUAGAUCAAGAAGAAAAGAAAGCUCAUGUCAACAAGGCAGAGAAAAUAACAUGAAUAUUUGCAGAUGAGUUGUAUAAUCGAGUUUUGAACCCUUUAAUUGUCUACGAUUCUGGUUCACAUACUGUUCUGAGUACUGAGACCGAACUGAACACCUUUAAUAUAAAUAAGAGAAGAUCUUAAAUAACUAAUCAAAUAAAUCACGCUUCAUUUAUGGUUGCCAUGGAUUGAAUUCCUUCUUUUUUUCCUCAGCCUCUUGAUUUUGAGACAAAGGACAGCCACACUUUCACCGUCCAAGUGCAAGAGAACCUCAGACAUCUGCGUUUCCCUGCUGACAAUGUGAACAGCGCCGUCACCACAGCUCAGGUAAAUAUCAGUUUAUCUUCUUUGAGUUAUAGAAGGACAGAGGAGAGAGAUUAAUAGGGCAGAGAUGUUCAUAACUGUGUAUUUAAAUAAAACUUUAAAAUAAUUGUUCGGUCCGAGUCCCUUCCAAAUACAUACACUUAGAAAAAUUUAAGAUAAAAGCUGCUGAUCUGUAAGCUUUCAAGCUGUUAAAUGUCAUUUUGCUGUAUAUUCACAAGCAGAGCUGUAGACCAGCUUCCAAUAAUCAUCAGCACUACCAGGCAGUCUUUAGUAGGCGGAUUUCAGUGACAGACUGAGCCUGCAGAGCGACACCGUCGACAAGCAGAACAAAGAAAUUUAACAAUUCAAGUCCAUUUAAAUCUUUAAUGUGUACCACAUGUGUGCCGUUUUGAUCCAAGACUGUUUUUAACUGUUACAAACGGAUUGAAAUUGACAGGUGAACAUCAGAGUGUUGGAUGUGGACGAGCCCCCGGUGUUCACCCAUCCCAUCUACACGUUUACAGUGCUGGAAGAACGCCUUGUAACCAACAUAGGAACAGUUACAGCCAGAGAUCCUGACAGAGCGAACAAAAGCAUACGGUAAAUUUACAGAAGAAAAAAAAAACAAAACAAAAAAACAACAAAUCCUGUGAUAAAUCCUGCAUAGUGGUUAUUGCACUCAUCUGUCUUUUUUCCAUCUGCUCAGGUACUCUAUCUUAGAUAAGGAAUGUCCGAUCGGUAUCAACCCGUUCACAGGUCAGCUGUCCACCCUGAGGAUGCUCGACAGAGAGCUGGAGGCCACACACAUGUUUCAAGUUAGAGCGCAGGAGGAGCCGAGUGGUACGUCACACAAUUAAUCCUUUAAACAAUAAAACCUCAGAUCAAAAAUCGAAACCAUGUGUUUUCUCUCACACAUGCAUACAGGGAAGGCCAAAAAGAUAGUGUGUUCUUGUAUUGAUUUUGUGGAUUUAUUGAGGGAUGGGGAUUUGACACCUUAACGGGGGAUUUUUAUGGGUUUAACAUAUUGCUACAACACCUGGUCGACCCACACAGGGAAAAGAGUAAGCAGGAAAAUCACAUUAGAGGGUCUCUUUGUUCACUUGCAGCUUCUUAACCAAACUCUGUAUAUUUUUAGACGAGCAAUGAAUGAAAUCCAGAGAUCUAUUUUAGUGGCUUGUCACGAUGUUUAAGGAACACAAUGGUCCCCUGAGCUUGACAAGGUCCACGAUAUACAGUACAUGCACUGAACUAAAGAUAGUUUCAAAAUCUCAGAGCAAGUAACAGCAAAAAGACUCUCACGUUUAUCAAAAGAUGAGGAUUCAAAGGGAUGGCGGUGAUGUGCGUAGAACAAAUGUAAAAGCUGCUUUAGUGUGACAAAACAGCUGCCAAACAUAAAGCUCUUAAAUAGAUAUCCUUUGAGUCACUUGACCCUAAUCAGCUUAAUUUACGGAUGAGAUGCACAUGCCUGAUCAGCGUCACAGCAAAGCACAGUAACAGAUGUGAUGUGUGGAAAGAUGAUACAGGGGGAAAAGAAGUUAUGAUAAAGUAAAUAAAAUGCUAGAAUACAAAAUUUGGGGUCAAUGGGAUGAAUUCUCAAUAACUUAAGCUGAUUGCUAUUUACAGUUUCAAUCCUCCGGCCAAGUUGUGAGAUAGUUAAUCCAAGAUAAAGCUCAUCAGGAUGCUCUCACAUCCGUCCCUCAUGACUGUCUUUAUCUCCUGACUUCUUAAACCAGCCUGAGACAGAAACUCAGGAUUUGCCAUAGUGUCGACAGGCAGAUUUGAAAUGCGGUUGACUCCUUUGUAAAGAUUGAUUUGUUAUAACACGUAUGAUCAGGUUGAGUGCAUCAUUGUUUUGUGUUUUUUUUCUGUCCUCCGCAGGUUUGGAGUCAUUUGUAAAAGUCAACAUUAUAGUUCAGGACGUCAAUGAUAACUUACCCGAGCUUGUUGCUGAUGAGAUCUAUGUCUGUGAGAAUGACUACGCUGGCACGGUAAGAGAAACACAGCAUGUACAGCAGGUUAAAGGGAUAUUCCGGCAUAUAUUUAAGUUACGGUAAAAAACACUGUAACACCUAGUUAGACACUCCCUCAAGAGAUUAAUGUUGCCAACUUCUUACCUCUCUGGUCAUACCAACUUCAGCGAUGACCGCACAAUAGCAAUACACAGAGGCCUACAUCUCCAUGCGUAAACCUCAACCAAAAAGCCACUCUAUAGCUACAAAUCACCCACUCUCCUCCACUCUCCUCCUGGGAAAGCCCUGAGACUGUGUAUUGCUAUUGUGUGGUCAUGCUGAAGUUGGUGGAACCAGAGAACAAGCAGUCUGCAACAUUCUUUUAUCGAGGUGGUGUCUAAUUCGGUGUAACAGUGUGUUUGACCAUAACUUACAUUUACACCAGAAUAUCCCUUUAAGUCUUGAUUUAUAUGGCUUUGGAUUUUUGUUGCAUCUCUGAAAGCUCAAGCUGACAGUAGCACUUUAAGGCACUUAGUAACACAGGAACAGUAUAUUAUUUUAGUUGUGUUUUAUGGUGCUAGACCUGCUUUACUGUCUGUCUGAAGAACAGAGAAACGAGUACAACUGUUGCAAAAGAUAGUAGUAAAACAGCACAAUAUUAUCAUGUAACACAUGGCAUCAAUGCUUAAUGGGCUGCAUUUACUAUUUUAGUGGCUUUACCCCAAGGGUGGAGCAACAAACACAGACAGACCAACAGAAACAUUUUCGUGCAGUUUUAAAGUGCUGACCUCCUGUUAAGACACAGUUUGGGGUUCAGAGCAGAAAAAUGAUGCAAUAGUUUUCUGAUGUGUGCUCUGCAAAUACAGAUGCUUCUAGAAAUGAUAGUUUUUAUUACGGCUCACCUUCUAAAUCAUGUGAAAAUAGGUUAUUUUGGAUAAUGUGUGAAUUGAAUGUUUAUCUAGUAUGGUUCACUUUUGCUCAGCCCAAACAUUAUUGUUUUAUUCUCUUACUGAUAGUUGUAUUUAAAUUAGUUAUUUGUAAUAAUUGAUAUUAAUUUCAUGAACACUAUACAUAUAGUGUAUAUCGAGACUGCAUUUGAGCCAUUUUGUUUGUCCCCAGGUGAUAGGAACAUUGAGAGCCACUGAUAAAGACGACCAGCCAGCCUCCUUCAGUUUCAGCCUGGCCAGUGAGAGCUCCAACUUCACCAUCAAAGACUACAGCAGUAAGUCUGUGUGUGCACCCAGCACAUAUUUACCUCUCUCCUCUUGCUUGUUGCUCUAAAUGGCGCUCAGAGGAAAGCGCUCGCCCUGGCACUUGUUGCUAUGCAACAACUGAAACUCCAUUUGAGGCACAGUGCUUUGUUGCUGAAAGUUGAAAUUAUUUUAACUUCUCAAAGCGUGCUUUGGUUCCCCCAGCCAGACGGGGGAUUUAGAGAGCCUGUCUGGGACCGUAAGUGCUGUCUAGAAUGCACAACAGCAAAUAUUGAAAAUAAUGAAAGCAAGUGGCUCAGUGGACUUGCAGAUGACUCUCUAUGUACACUGAACUCAGCCCAGCUGAAAAUGUGAAAGAGACACACAACACAUACAGAGCCGCUGUGCUGCUUUUUACACUAAAAUACUGUAAACAAGUGUGGAUGAAAACUGCACCAAGACAUCUUUAUACCUGCAGGGUCCAUGAAUGAGUUUGUUAUGCAUUAUGUUAUAGUUUAAGCUUUUAGAAAAACCUUGACUAAAACAACAGCUGUGGAUAAAUCAUUGAAUAUAUUCAGCUUACAUUAUAUUUUUCUGAUCAAUUUUUUACUUAUUUCCUGUAAAGAUCUAGUCGUGAUCUUUGCAUAAAUGUUUAAGAAAAUAAAAAACAGUUAUUUUCUGCCUAAGUUUAGCGCUUGAACACCCUAACACUAAACACAGAUUACUGUAUUUAUAGACUGUCAACUUGUACUCGAGACUCACAGCUUUUACCAAAAAAAAUCCUUCAGAUGACAAUGAGGCUUUGUGCUCAGUGAAGGUUUGUGCUAAGAUCUGCAUUCCCAGAUAUAAAUUACAGUUAAAUCCUGGCUGGAAGACCAUAGACAGGUUACAGGACUGCAAAUUAUGUAUGCCCAUUUUGCUGUGCACAGGAAUUGGCUUCAUGCAUACAGCCUUUUCCUGCUUAAAAUGCUAGGUGAUGAUACUACUGGGACUUAAAACCAAAGUUGAAACACACUGAUACAAAAGGGGAUCUGCGUGGUUCAUCUCCCGAGGUUUGCAUGGUCAGUAACCAGCCUGUCUUAAAUAUGAACACACAUAUAAAUAAAUAUUCACCCCUGAGGAAAUGGAUGAUUUGUCAAUUAAAGAAGUUAGUGUGUAUAAAAGUUUAACUUUCCUCAGUCAGUUAUCAAUAAAUUUGAUGCCUCCAUAGCCCUUAGGAUCUUCUGCAGAUGUACGAGUUACCCUUAAGAAUUAUUUUUUGUCCUUUUCUGACCCUUAGCCAAAGUUGUAAAACUACUGCUGUUAUUUUCUCCGCUGUGCUGACACUUCUGCUCUUCAUUUGUCAUCCAAAUGGUCACGUGCUAAAUGGCUAAAGAAGCUGCUCUGCACUCCUAAUGUUGUCACAAAUAGGUUUGAACAGGGGAACUGUGAAAGCUUGAGGAAUACACAAAUACUUUCAGGGAUAUUCCUGUGUAAAAUGAAGUUAGGGUCAAACAAACUGUAACACAGAGUAAGACAACCCCUCGAGAGAUGAAUGUUGCCAACCGCUUGCUUCUCUGGUUAUACCGACUUAAUUAACGACCGCACAAUAGCAGUACACAGUGGCCUACAUCUCCACGCGCAAACCAUCACCAAGUGCAGCAGAUCAUUUCCACUCAGUAAUAAUCAUCAUAAUAAUCAUGUUGCACUGCAGACGCAAUAGUUCUUCUGCCUGCAUCUGCAGUGCAAAAUGAAUAUUAUGAUGAUUAUUACUUUAUAAAAAUGAUCCACUGCACUUGGUGUUCGACUCUUCAGCGCUCCCCCACAAACAAGCGGCUGCUGGAAGAGUUGUGUUUAGUCUCUUUGCUAAGGAAACCAGGCAACGCUUAAAAAAUGUUUGAUGGCUAGUACUAUGGCUGGGACCCUAUAUGUACUGUUGAUGAAGUUAGGUGCUGUUCUGAGCAUUAUUUGUGGCUAUACUGUGGCUUUUUGGUUGAGGUUUGUGUGUGGAGACGCAGACCAUUGUGUAUUACUAGUUGGUGUAACUAAAGAGGCAAGCAGUCUGCAACUCUCAUUCAUCUCCCAAGGGAGUGUCUUACCUGGUGUUAUGGUGUGUUUGACCAUAACCUAAAUUUACGCCGGAAUAUCCUUUUAAGUGAGUCUUUAUUAGAGGCAUAUUGGUGUGUCAGAGCAUCAGUGUUUGAUGACUGGUGAGACCAGUGUGAAAUUUGUACCUUUCUUCCACCAAAACACAUUACCCUCAAUUGAAAGUAAUGCCUGCUGUCAGAUGAUCUGGCAUCAUUUGAGGAUAAAGAUAUCGAUGGUGUGGUUGUGGAAGUUAACAAUGUCAGUUUAAAUAAACAGACUGUGAUGCAAAUAAAGAUGUGAACUCUACAGAGGAAUUUUCUUUGAUCACACAAUGAUAUUUAGGCAAAGGUUGACACGCUGUUGCAUCACAUUUACAAAGCCUAUUUUUUGGUUAUCUAACUUGAGACACAAAAUGGUACGAGUAAAACAGUUUUCAUUAUUUUUGAUCACCCCAUGCCCUUAUUAUACAUGAAAGCAAGAGGAAAAGUCUUACCAACUGUUCCAGUCAAAUAUUAAAAGUGAAUAGAUGAAAGCCCAAGGUAGUCAGAUGAAAGAUUUAGGUGAAGUGUUGCUAUUUAAUUUCAGUGAGACUGGAAACAGACUGAGAGGAAGAUAAACAGAGGGAAAAAAGGCAUGAACUUGCCUUAUCCAUUUUCUUCACUGCUAAUGCCUGGAGGGGUGACAUGCUGAACUGAUGGAAAGGAGGAAAAGGGAGAUGAAGGAGAGAGAGAGAGAAAGACAGAUGAAGCAGAGGUGGAAGAAAAAAUAAAAAGGAGGUAUGAGGAAAACAUCAGGAAUCAGGGUGAAGGGGGAUAUUAAAGUGAGACAGUGUUAAAGUGAGGAGAGGGGGAAAUGACAAGGUGAGAGGAUAGAGAAGGGUACUAAAAGGGGAAAAGGAGGUAGGGAGAGAGAAGAAAACGAAGUGAGAGAACAGAGAGCAAACAAUGUCAAAAACAUGAAUUUUGGAAGAAGAGAAGGGAAGACGAGAGGGAAAUGAGACAAGAAAGGGGGAGCAAGGAGGAUAAACAAACAAACGGGAGAAGAGGUUUAAACAUGAGGGGAAAAAAAGGGAACAGGAUAAGGGAAUAAAAGAAAUGAGGAUAUGGAGGAAGAGGAGAUGACAUGAUAAAAGAAGGAAAGAUGACAUCAGAAAGACGAAUGCUGAAUAAAAUAUUCAAAAGAAAGGGGUAAGAGUAGGAGCAGAGAAACUGAGAGGGGAAAAAGACAAAUUUUAUUGACACACGAGAUGUUGAGGAAGGAGGGAAAAGAGAAGGAGGUGAAGAGUUGUUUGAUAAGUGCUGUUUGUCCAUGUGAACCUCUGCUGUCCCUUGUGGAUCAGUGUUGACCCUCCAAAAAAAAAAAAUUUCUCUGACAGCAACUCACAUCACUUAACACACUCACACACAAACACACACCCACAUGGACAUGCAACAAGAGCUGCAAAGUGAGGGCUUUUAAAAUAUUCAUUGACUACCAGCUCUUUAAAACUUGCAAAAAAACAACAACCAUGCUUUCAUUACUGGAUCCUGAAACACAUGCACACACACUUCAGCAGACAGUGUAGCGGCUCACAGAAGUGACAGGACUUGGUGUUGGGAUCAGGCGGCUACAUGAAGCUCGCUGCAUUAAUACCAGACAGACAAGAGAGGAGGAGGAGGAGGAGGAGGUGGAGGAAGACAAAGAGAUGAAGAGAGAAGGAGACUAAUGAGAUGCAUGAGGAGAGAAAUGGAGAGAACAAAAGAAAUAGAGAGAGGACAGUGAAAAAGAGACAGAAAUCCAGAGAGACAAUAUAGACAUGAAUUCAAACGACAGAAGAGCAGGAGAUGAAGGGAGGACAGAGCUGUUUUCAUCUUUUAUUCAGUUAGUUAAGGCUUCAUCUGUAUCCAUGUCCUCCUACGCAUACACAUACACCUUCAGUGUCUCAGCAACAUGAUCCCAGUGAGGUGGUUGUAUAAACCAAAUUUGGGUAUCAGAUUCUUUGAACCUAAAAUGCAAGAAACAACUUUUUUCACUUUCUUUCAGGAGUAUCUUUCCAGGCAAUUAGUUCGAGGGUGGGAAUUGGCAUUUCCAUUUGAGAGGUGUGUGAACUUUUUGUGCCCUUAGCGACCAAGCUAAUGAGCUAAGUGAUUGGCAGUUAUGCAAACCUGCUCCACCAUAAGAAAAAAACUUAGCGGGCACCUGAUCUUCAUAUCUUUUUAAAAUAUUUUUAACAUCCUAAAGCAUACACACUAAGUAGUUAGAUAUUAUUCUGGGAGAGCUUUCUGUAUGAUUCUAUGGAGUAUUUGGGAAUUUUCGCUAAUGAAGGCAAGACAGCAAUUGGGAAAUGAAGUAGGAAUGUUAGACCAGAAGGCCUAGCUUGAAAGCUGUGUACUGGUUCAUCCCAAAGGUGUUUCUUUGGAGUGGGGUUACAAGCUACAACUUAUCCAGCUAUGUCUUAAUGGACUCUCUUCGUCCACAGGGACACAGUCUGGUUGGAAAAGCAAACAGCCAUCCAUGAAAGGCACCAAGUGCCUAAUCGACUGAAAUUUUGUCUGUUUGUAGGCAAUUUGGAGUUGAACCAGUUGAGUACCAAGGAAUUAUGAGGCUUUAUAAGCUACAGUCAUAAAACAUUGGAAAUCUGAACUUUAUAUCUGUAAAGCCUAAAACAUACAGGAUCCAUAUUGAGAGUGUUCUGUCAGUGUUGUGUAUUACGCAGCAAAUAUUUUGCUGCUCUAUGCUUCCAGUGUGCGUCAAUCCACACAGAGAAGAUCGUUCUAGACAGGAUUUCAAGCACUGAAACUGCACAUUUCAUCUGGUGUUUCAAAAUAAAACACCAUAUGGGAACUCCUGACCGUGUAUCAGUUCGAGAAAUUCUUCCUGGUUAUGGAUUUAUCAGUAACACAGAACAGUCUGAUGGUCAAUCCCUGAUCCAUGUGGACCCCAACAGGACUUUGACCUGCUAACUCUGUCUGACGGUCACAGCACAGCAUAAAGGAACAUAGUUUACUUUGUUAAACGGUAAACCUGCAAAAACUGAAACUUUAAAAUUACGUUGCUUUUUCACAUAAAGUACAGGCUCAACGGUCACUGAAUUAUAUCCAAAUUAGCAGGAAAUAGACCACAGACAGGCAAAGCAACCUGUUGUGAGCAUGUUGUCUCCUCUAGGCUGAGCCCAGCUGACCGAGGCUGCACUAUGCUGCUGCUACGCUCCAAAUAUGCAUCCUGUAUGCAAUAAACAGAGCUGCUCUACGGAACAGAUACACGACGCCGAUGGAACGCGCUCGAUAUGGAUCGUGUAUGUUUUCAGCUUAAGCUCAGUCAAAUCCUUUGAAUAGAUUUGUUGGCUAAUAUAGGUCAAUAGGUCAUUGUUUUCCACUACUGCUUGAUCAUUGAGUUAAAGGGUCUAAGUGGUGCCCUAGAAAGUAACCCGUCCAACUUCAUAAGGAGACACUUUGCACCCAGAUGAGUACAACCCUCCUGACAUCCAUCAAACCCACAUUCAUUAUCAGACUCCCUCAUAAUCCAGAGCCAAUUAUCACUCCAAAGAACUCAUUUUCACAGCACAACAGCAGCAGCAGUGAGCUUUACACCUCUCGAACUUGCCUCUUUUUGCAGCUGUUGCUGUUGCUGACUCAUGGAAACUGCAUUCCAUGAGGUGCCUGAUAGACAGCUAUUGUGCUGUUGUUGCUUCAAGAAGCAGUUUGUAUUUUUGUAGAGACGGAUUCAAAGGACGAUGGACAAUAUGACAUGAUACAAAUUUCAGCGCUUGUUGUCCCUGCUCUGUAUGUUUGCUUGGUCUUUGUGGUUGAGCUGUUGUGGCCUCUGGGCACUUCCACUUCAGGGUCACUUAAAGUUGACCGGGGCAGAAAUUUGAGAAAAUAGCUUGUGGCAAAGGGUUUGUCUUGUGUCAGCAUAAAAAAAUGCAUAAAUUACCAUAUAAAGAGUAUUUAUUUAGGAGACAAUCCAGCAGAAUUCUAUUAUGGAGACAAAUUGACUUUCAGAGUGAAAUUUGUCCUUAUACGAGGCAUUUGCUUUGAAGCAGGAUUUUCCAAAUGCGCAAAUAGUCAGUUGCUUUAGUGUUGAUAUUCAGUCUGAAGGGUGGAACAAGAGUUCAUUUGACAAAAAUCUAAAUUAUCAGGAGGAAUAAAUCUGUUCAGCCAAGUUAUUAUCUUUGCCUCCUUUCCAAUGACCGAUAUAAUCUGCGUCCAAAGUGCAGACAUCAGCAACACCCGUAUUGUUUUCAUUUAAACUUGCCCUCAAACCAGAGCGAUACUGCAUGUGUCUUUGUGUGAGAGUUUACCAGAGUGUGUCUAGGUAUGUUUGAGUGUUUGCGAGGGCCUUUCCUGCCAUUGUGUCCUCUGAUAUUCCUUCAGUGGUGGGAUAUUGUGUGGAAAGGCUCUCCCCCUCGUCUCAGCAGGAAAGGCCUGCCAGCUGGGGGUUUGACUAAUGACUGUAUUGUUGGUCAGGACUGCUCACUGCUCAACAUGUUUCACUUCUUUGUUGUGUCUCUUCUGGGAUUGAUUUGUUACAAUCCUUUGUGGUGCUUUUAGACUUUUUGUGUAUUUUCACUCUUUAUUUUUCAAAUCUCUCCAGCCACCCACUGACCACAAUACGACUAAAGGAUUAAGGUCUUUGCUGUCUUUGAACAGGCAUUUACGGUCAUGACAUUUUUAUCUGCAAAGCCAACAAAAGUACAUGGGUGUCUUCAUUUGAGCCUUUCUAAAAACUGCUCGUGUAGGAUGCCACAAUUUCAGGUUUUAAGGUACUGCCAUUAUCUAUAAUCCCAAAUGACUCAAAUCCAAAAUGCAGGAAACUGACAGAUAAUCACAAGUGAUGUGUCUGCCUUUAUGUGACGAUUCUCCUCUUGUUCCAUAUCUUGUUUUAUCUUGGGAGCAGACACCAGCUGUAUAAAUAGACUUUAAAGCUUCUAUACACCGAGCAGGUGAACAUUAGAUCUGCUUCGGAGAGAAAAGUUGUGAUGAGUCAGACAAAUUAGACACAGAUUUUACAGAAAGGAGAGGUAGAUUUAUGUAGUCAAGGUGGUUGUGAUAUUUUCUACCCGCACUGUGUGUUAAUCUGCUUUUUUUUUCUCUAGACAGCACAGCUGAGCUCAUGGUGAAACAGGGGCCAUUCAACCUAGAUGAUCCCAAGGAUUAUAGCGUGAAUGUGCGCAUCAGUGAUGGAGGGCGACCCCUCCUGACCAGCAUCAACAAACUGGCAAUCAAGGUAUAUGUGCACCUUUUAUUUGUUGUAGUUAAAGAAACUGGUACCCCCUUUGUUUCUUGCAUGAAUAAAACCUGGCAUGUCUUUUAACGAGAAAAACCCCGAACAUGAAAUUAAGUGCCAUUUAUAGAUUUGGUGGACAUGACGAUUGUGCUUGUUUGUUACAGUCUUGCCGAUGUGAUGCAAGGAGGAUUCCUACUCAGUGUAAAGCUGGUGCUCGCAGGAUGGGAGUGAGCGUUCAUGCCCUGAUUGCCAUCCUCCUCUGCAUACUGACCAUACUGGGUAAACUCACUUUUUAAAAAAAAAAAUCUUUUCUUCUUUGUCUUCACUUUUGACAGCUUCUUGGCUCAACAUUAAGGUGUUUGAAGAGUUCCUAAAAAGGGCUUCAUGUGGGUAGAGAGCAUCAUUUUGUCUUACUUGUCUUGAGAGUGCCUCAAGAUCUAUCUAAUACUCUUCUUUUGAUAUCAAAGAGCAUGUACAAAGGGAACUCAAAUAAGGUUAUACAUCAAAGCCUGUAUGCAGCUGUCUUGAGAUUGGGGACAACUGCAAGAGGGAGGAAAGUUGUAAAAAGCCUGAUUUGACUCUAGAGGGAGCUCUGUUGUAUUUGUUUAAUUGACUUAAGUGAUAUAAGUGAUAUAAGUGAUAUAUAUAUAUAUAUAUAUAUAUAUAUAUAUAUAUAUAUAUAUCAAUUUUUCGCGCCUGAGCAAACAGAAAAGUGAGUCGUGGGGGUUAAAAAAACCCUACUUUAUUUGCAAUCAGGAGUGCCGCCCCCUGGAGACCAUUGAAAGAAUGCAGCUUUAAGGCUCUUCAGCAUAAACCUUAGUACCAGGUGCCUGUUCUACGAAGCAAGUUCGACCUAGCGUGGUAGCCUUGAAGCUACCUCGCUCAACUUAACGCAGUAGCCAGCGGUCUCGCUAAACGGUCUUACAAUCCUGGUUAUCAACCUCGUAAGUGGAUCCAGCUUUGCUAUGAGUGUGUGCACGCAUGUAAGGCGGAGCCCGACGCAUCUGACCAAUUGCGAUCAUGGACUAGUCUGGAGCGUCAGAGCAGGCCGGAGAGUGAAGGACCGCGUACUUUACAAACGAGGAGCUGAAUUCAUUCAUUUGUUCAUUUCUAUCGUGUUUACAUUUUUUGUGUGAUAUUUAGGCCAUAUGAGCCUUUCAUAAAGGUGGUCAUCCGGAAAAGUAAGUGGGUCCAUGCGGUCCCUGAAAACUCUUGUGCGCCGGAGUGCUCCUCGGAUAAUGCGAGCACCGAGGUCUAUAGGAUCCUCCAAGAACAGACAAGCCAUUUUUCGAGAGAGCUCAUUGGUCAAUGGGUGGGGUUUUUUUACUCGGUGAGUUCAAUCUGGAACCUAACCUGCCCCGGAGCAGGUUAGCCGUUCAGCGUACGUUGCCUCGUUGCCACCUCACCAAGACGUGAACCUGCGUCGUAGAAAAGGAAACCCCAAACUUAUCUUCGAAGUUACCUCGCUAAACUGUAAUCCUGCUUCGUAGAACAGGCCCGUGGUCUACAUCUUUCACCGAGCCCAUGCUGAACUUUACUCUCUCUUUUAAGCCUUGUUUUUACAUACCUGGUUAUUUUUAAAAACGGGGACAAUAAACAUCAUUUACACCCUUUGUUUAGAUACAAACAGAGGACUCGCCCCUGAAAUCAAUGCUUUUUUUGGAAAACUCUUUUUGCACGUUUGCAGAUUAACAGAGAAAAACUGAGAUUUGGGUAGCUGACAGCAGAUUAUUGCGCCGGAAACUGGGUUAAAUGCGACGUUGUUUACAACCUGCAGUCUAUGUUUACAAUCUAUGGUGAUCAUGGAUGCAUGCAGAAUAGCAGUCCCAUUUAUGCUGGUGCAAUACCUUUGUAUUUGUUUGCAUUUGCAAAGACAAGUGCUGUAGCUAUUUGGAGGAGCAGAGAUGUUGUUGUUGCUGCAAUGCAGGAUUCUGAUUGGCUAACGUGGGAUUGGGCUUCUCGCUACACUGCCACCUACAGGUUUGGCAUGCUUUUGACGGCAUAUACAGGUUUGUGUUAAGGAAAACUUUUCUGAAAACAAAGUGGUGCUUUUUUAUUUAUUUUUUUGUUAACGGAGGGGGUGAAAUGUCCAUUUAUGAAAGUAACCGGGCACGUGUAAAUGUGGUCCAAAUCUCUGUUUGAAACUCAUGUCCUGCCUCCUCUGGAGUAAAGAUCUGGGUCUUCAUGCUGCUGUAUUAAAGCUCAUAAACACUGCAUCUCCACCCAUUUUAGCCAUGUUUCUUUUUUUAACCUUGCAACAGUUUCUUUUAAGUGGAGAGUACAGUGAAACUCUGCAUUUUAAUUUGGCCUAAUCUUCUCAUUAAAAGUAUUUUAAAACAUUGUUGCCUGUUCGUUUUGACGACAGCCUCGUUUGUCUAAUCUGAAUUCUGAAAGUGGGGUUCGGGAGUACAAACUUUGAAGUUAUUUUUUGGAGGAUGAAAGAUGCAAGUUUGUUGGAAGCAAACAAAUCUGAAUAACUAUCAAACACAGGAGCAUUCCUAACAAGCAGGAAAAUAACACGUGUCACUUUCUGGCCUGCUUGCGGGUUUAUUUGGGGUCCAGGAAAUGAUAAUGAACGGGCAGAAAAUCAUUUUAAGAAAUAAAUUUUGACUCUUAUUCUUUGUUGUUUGACGGUCUGUUAACAAGCAGGUGCAAAAGACCUUUUCUAACACCUGCAGAGUCUUUAUCCUCUGAGAGGAUGUCAAGAAGGUGGCAUCAGUGAUAGACAGAAAAUGCCAGCACCGAGUGAUCGAGGCAUGUGCACAGACUCACUUGCCCUUACUGUGCGAUAAAUAAGGUUUGUGUUUUGCGGGGAACAGUUCCCCUCCCUUUGUUGUUGGUUUUAUGAAUAAUGCAGUGGCGGAUGUGGAAAUAAUGCCUGCGGUUGUGAGCUCAAUAUUCUCUUUGAUACCUUCGCCCCCUGCUUCUUUUUUUCUGGGGAAAAAGAGACACUUGUCAUGUUGGAUGAGAGGCACGCUGGAGAUAGUUGGCCAAACAAGAGGGAUGAGAAAUGCUGAGGAAGAAAAAGGUAGGGAGAACUUAAAGAUGAAGACAGACAGGGUUGUAGUGACAGAUGAAAAAAUAUCACAUCAAGACUCAGAUAUGGGUGGAGGAGAGGGAUGAAACAGAUGCACGCAGACGAAAGACGGGUGAGAUGGAGAGCUGAGGUGGAGGCAGACAGACUGAGUGACUGAGUGAGACAGAAAGAGGUUAAAGACAGACCCUGAAGUGGAGGAUUGUGGGAAAAAGCAGCAGAAGAAUAGGAGUGGUAAUGAGGAGAGUUUAUCAGCUCUUUAGGUGCCGUCUGCUUAUCAAACACCACCAAACACUCAACCUAUUAACUAUUAAUACACUCCUUCACUAUCGCGCCUUUACCCCUCCGUUUUUCCUCCAUCUCUCUCUUCCUCCCUCUCUCUCUCUCCCCCUCUGGGUCUCUCUGUCUCCCUCUCCCUCCCUUUCAGAGACUCUCUCCCUCUUUAUCAAACACCCCCCAACACAGGCCAGAUUAACUAUUUAAUGCACUUGUCAUUAUCUGCGAGGGCCCAAAGCAAUUUACCGCGCUCCCCAUUCACCGACGCAUUUUCUCACAAGAAGUCUGGUUUGACACGCGAAAAAGAAAUUUUUCUCAGUCGUUUUUGUACAAAGAAAGGUCUUUUUUUCCCCCUCCUUUCUCGUCCCUCUAAGUCUGAUAUCUCCAGAGCUUAUUAAACUGCAGAGCAUGUGUUGUAAAAGAUUAAUCUGUUGGUUUCCCAGGCAAACUUAAAUUAGUCCCGCUCGUCCUUGUCUAAAAGGCAUGGCUAAUGCUGCCCAUCCACUAAGAGAGAAAGAGGUUCAUAUCAGGACCGAGGCUCGGGGCGUAAUCUAAUGUCAAAUGUAUCCCCUCUUCUCCUCAUCUGUCUCCUAUCCUGGUUCCUUAGCCCCUGAUUCACCCAUUUUCACUUUCUUUUCCUCAGUCAUUGAUUCACCUUGUUUGUUUCUUUUCCUAGUUGACUCUUUUUCUUCCUUUUUCUUAUCCGUGGGUCUUUCAAUGCUACAAGAAGAAGGCAAAAGUAACUUAGCUGAUUCUUUUACCCAUCUUUGGUCUAAUCAGUUGGGACUAGGGAUGGGCGAUAUGGGCAAAAAGAUCUAUCAUGAUAAGUUUUGCCAUUCUGGUGAUAAUGAUAAAAGUCAUGAUAUAUAUAUUUUUUAAUUCCAAUCUGUGUUUUCGACUGAUUUUGUCUUGAGAACACCAGUUGGCAUAAUCAAAUAAGAUACUUAACCACAAGUUACAGUGGUAGGUUAUGGUGAAAACACUUUCAACAUUUGUUGAAAACUCUUAUUACACAGAGUGAACAGCAGCAGCAGAUCCACUGUCCGAUCUCAGGCAUACAUUAUUGCACUCAUCUAAGCCCCAAUCUUGAAGGAAAUCCCUCAUGCUGAGCCUCGUUCAGUAACGAGCUGCUCAGAAACGUCUUCUUCAUUAUCUUCAGCCAUGUUUGUUUGUUAUUCUGCUCUGUGUGCGCUAUGGCUGCGAGUCCGUCGCCCGCGCUUACGUCAUCAUCUUGCAUUUAUUGUAUUUAUCAUGAGAUGGCAAAUAUUUAGCAUGGAGAUUUUUUCUGUCGAUUUAUCGUGAACGAUAAUUUAUCACCCAUCCCUAGUUAGGACAGCGAGUUGGGGAAUUAUAUGUUUUAAAGAAAUUGGAAUUAUUUGCAGGUUUAUUAUUAUAUAAAAGCAAGGGCGCCGGUUUGUUUUACGAAAAGUGGGGGGAACGGCUACUAUAAAAUGACUUAUUUCAAGUAACCAACUAACUUCUGCUUGCAUAUAUUUAUUACAUGGGAUAAUCAUAGGCUUAAACAAGCUAACACGUUUUCUAACUCACAAUUACUUUCAGAAGAAAAAGCCCACUCUGGGUCACAGCUUCAACUUGGCACAGAUGCAGAUUUACAACAGCUGCAAUACAGAUAGUGCAUCCAUGAGCUUCGGAACUUUCUAUACUAUUGAAAAUAACUUGGGUUACAAUGGCUUAUACGUGAAGGAUUUGUGUGUGGUAGGGAUCCCCCCACCAAAUUGACACCUAUGUAUAAAAGACCUUAUUUGUUUUCCUCUGUUAGCCUGAAUAUCUCUUGAUAACCUUUGACCGUUCUGUUGGUGCUUGCUUGAGAUACUCUACUUUAUUUUUAGUCAAGCAUGUGAAAAGCACCAAAAUAUCCAGAACAUAUUUGGAUGUUGUGUCCGAAUUCUAGUUCAGGCGGACAGCUGUUUACAAACAGGGGAUAAAAUUAGACUGCAGGUCAAGGGCUUCUUCCUUUUUAUAUAUUUUCUUUUUUCACAGAAAUUCAGAAUCGACUUACAACUAGACUGUGAAAGCCACACAGUGAGGAAGAUUUGUGUCAGUUUAAAUCCAUAGAAGACACUGCUUUAGAUGCAUGAUUCAACCAAAUUACAUAACAGACGAAAUCAUUUGUCAGAGUGAAGACUUACAAAUAUUCAGAGAAGAGCAACUAGUGUUCUGCAAAGGCCCACUUUUUGUUCAGAAGAAAAAGACUUGAAACUGAAUCAAUGCAGACAAAAAAAGACAUGCAAAAGUGAAUCCAUAGCAGAUAUUCUGCAGAUAUAUGUUUGAAGCAAUUGUCGCAAAUUUAGUCAUCACAAUCAAAGUUCUCCAGGUCUGUAGCAGCACUCAUGAAACACUGAUCGCUUAAUGCAGAUAGAGACAGAGAGAAAGAGAGACGCUGAAUUUAAAAGUAAUUAGAGCAGAUAGUGAGAACUGCUGUCAAAGUGGACUAUUCUGAAGACAACAGCCCUCUGAUCACUCUACAAAAUCUCAACUUUAUGACAUGACUGUGAAACUCAUAAAAGUUUACAUGGGAGAAAAAUCCCUUAGGUGUUUAAUUUUGCCAAAUUAAUGAGUAUUAAUUAAUGUGUUGCCUCUGUGAGUCAGGGGCAGGUCUAGGGGAUGAUCAAGGUGGCCAUCACCCCCCUUGAAAUGCAGUCAACCACCCCAUUGGCAACCCCAAAAUCCUUAUCUAUGAUCUGCUAUUUGCCUUAUAAGAGGAUGUUGUUAAAUUCAACUUUUUGGGCCUUUUAUGCCAUGGGCUGCUAGAAGUCGUCUUUGUGUUUUAGUCUGAUUUGAAGUCUUUUAUAAUGCUUUAAAUUGUAUUUAUUGUAUUGUAUUUAAGUAUUUUCUUUUUAGGUUUUGACUACUAGGAUUUCUAUCUGGUUACUCUGCUUUGUUUCCUUUGAAGUGAAAUACUACACAGAAAAUAGCACCUUGUAGUUCCACUGACCAUAGUACUUAUAGUAUAUAUCAUUAGAGGACAUAAGAAGGCUGAAUUUCUGCUAUACAUUCACAUGUUUGUGUGUAUAAAUACUUUAUGCCUCUGUUGAUCAAAAAUAGUCAAAAAAUUUCAGACACACCCUCACUAUAGGCCCUGAAUCCAAGUUAACUGUGCAGUUAACCGUGUAGAGAGGAUGCUGCUGUUUACUUUCAAAUUUGCACAGGAGCUAUGGACAGCAGUGAGUUCAGAGAUCAUCCCUUUAAAUAACAUGUUUUGUAAACUGUAUUCAUUUCUCAGUGCCUGCAGGACUAUAGAUAACAGCAGUCCUGGUUUGUAGUUCUUGACCACUGAAAGACUGGGUAAGAAUCCAGUAUGAACUCAGUCAAUAGAAAACAGGAAGUAAACUGUGGUCUCUGUUCACCAACUCCUUCUUCCUUUGUUACUUCCACCUUUGCUCCUGAUGGACAUUAGCCAAAAUUCCCACAGUUGCUCAAGGUCCUUGGUUCUGAACAGUAGAAAAAGCAUGUCAGUUUUUUCGUGUUUUAUACUUUAGUUCUCCCAUACAUUAUCGUCUUUCUUCUUGUACUGGAAUCUGUUUCCCCUUUCGCCUUCCCUUACUCUGUUUCUUGAUUGUUUACUUCUCCAUCUUUCUCCAGGUCCAACUUUUCUUCCCAUCCCCUUCUUUCGCGUCUUCUCAUUUCCACUUCCCAUCCUGUGUUUACUGAAUCUUUCUUCCUGUUUCGAAAGCUUCGCUCUCUUCUCUCUCUCUCUCUUUGUUGGAACUGUUUGUCUCCCGACGAGUAGAUUCAUUUGAGGUUUGAACGCUCGAGGCGAACGCCUCAGACACCUUAAACCAUCCACUCCUCAUUUUCUUUUCUCGUUCCUGUUCUGUUUUCUAGUCGCUUUCCCUCAUUAGUGUUCCACUCCCCAUACUUGUUUCCUGCUCCCAUUCUUAUUCUGUUGUGCUUUUUGUGGCCUAAUUUUCUCUCAUGUUUUUUAAAGUCGGAGAAAUAUAAGUCCAGCAAUGACUGUAAGAGGAAUUUGAUACUAAAACAUGUUUAAACAUGGCUUGAGUUUAUCAUCUAAAUUUACUUUAUCCUGAGGUAAUGAUUUUUUUUAGAGACGCAAGGUUAGACUUAAAUGUAGAGCAAAUCAACAUCUAGACAAUUUCAUCUUUAGCCAUUUUUUGAUUGUCUUCAUUGGCUUUUAACGAGUCAAACUCCCUCUUCUGUAAAACUUUCAGAUGGUUUUCAGUCAAUCUGAACUUGAAUCAUAUACUUGUUGGAUAAUAAACCUUCCUUUGCGUGUCCUUUUCAGUCAUAGUGAUCCUGUUCGUGAUGAGGAAACGCUACCAGAAGGAUUCUCUGGCCAGUAUGAAGAACAGCGGAGAGAUUCACGAGCAGCUCGUCACAUACGAUGAAGAGGGAGGAGGAGAGAUGGACACUAAUGGGUAUGAAGAUGAAAAAAAUAAUUCUAUACGACUUUCAUCUCUGAAAUAACCCAGAUGAGCUCACAUGCUAUGAUUCAAUUUCCUCAUUCUCAUGAACUCCUCAUGGAAAAAGUCUUUGAAGCAGAAAAUUCAGUUAUUAUUAAUGAUAUUGUGUCUAAUAAUAAAUCAAGACUCAAAUCCUGAUUUUGAACAGGUUUGUGAUAAAGCUAUGGACUCACUUUUUCCUCUGCAUGCAGUUUUGCUAGUGAGGUCAUAAAUACUCAUUUAAAGGACAAGGUUAAGGCAGUAUUCAUUUAUUAGCUCUUCAUUUUCACAUAGUUCCUGGAUUAAUGUUUCUGUGUAAUUUACAUGCAACUCCCCCUGCAUAUGAAUUUGCAAUAUUUAUUUACUUUGCUGCAUCUGUCAAUUUCCUGACCCAGUUUAUCUAAAAGAAGUUAUUAAAGUUUUAUUUCCUCUGGAUCUAAUCUUAUCUUUAUUUAAGUCAUAUUAAAUCCAUACAUAAUCCUGUACUCUAGGGAUAUUGACUGCACCACACUCUAAACUGUCAUAAUAUGAUGGCCUGGAGGAACAUCUACAGAGUGACAGAUGACAUGCAGCCACAAAGACACUCCUUUUUUACUUUCUUAUUUUUUUCUAUCAAUUGUAUUCACAAAUAAGGUCUUCCCAGUUUCUUUCUAUAACAAUAAAUCUUACCUUUCUGUUACAAAAUAGGUGGAAAUACUAUAUAUUUUUUUACUUUGGAUUUAGUUUCAUUCACUUAAACAGCAUUGUUUAACUAUAAAUGCCCUUUUUAGUCAUAUCUAGUUCUGAUGAGCAUUUAAGACACACAUGACACAAAAAUUAAAUCCUGAUUUUUUUUCCCUCUGAAAACUUGAUUUUAGAUUUAGAUUUAGAUCUUUUAAUUCGCAACAACUUCACCAAACAAAAUCACUAAAAACAAUGUAGUGCAUAUGCCAAACCAGUAAGUGGCACUGUAACACCUCACAGGAAAUGUACAAAAGACAGAAGAAGAGUGCAGAGCAUGUGUAUUAAGGUUGUUUUGGCCGGACACGCGCAGGAGCCCUAAAAGAGUUACACUGUACGUCAUGUAAUCGUUUCAAGAUAGACAACCACACGGAGAUGAAAUGGUCGUCGUUCACAGAUUUAUGCACUUUCUGACCAUUUCACCAAGUACCCUUUACAGUCACCUGAAAUGCCAUUUCCAUGUGGAUGAAAUGCCAAUACGACAAAAACUUUUUAUGUGUACUCCUGAAUUUGUUUCCAUUGGACGGGUUGAUACCGCCUUCUGACAGACUUUGCAGUGUGGAGUGGUUUGCUCUUCAUCGGAAACUGUGAAGCCGCACCAAUUCCUCAUGACUGACUUUCUCUUAAGGCUGGGACGAUAUGAUUUUUCUCCCGAAUCGAUUAUUCUACGAUUUUUUGGAUUUGAUUUAAAUUGCAAUCCUACUAUAUUGUCGAUUUUCUCGAUUUUUAGUCGGCAUUUUUAACACCAGUGAAACAGUUGAAUGCUUAUGACUGUCUACUGACUAUUCUAAGAACCAUAUUUCCCCAAAAUACACAUCAUAUUUAAGUCAACUUUUAAGAUUAAUUCUCAAAUUUGAAAAAAAAAAAAAAAAAAAAAGAUUUAUGAUCAUAAAAAUCGAUUUACAAAUUGUAAAACAAAAAAUGGCAAUACUUAAGUGAAUCAAUUUUCUCUCCCACUCCUACUUGCUCUUGCCCCUUUUAGCCAUGAAGUUAUCACCUUGUUUUGCAAAAGCUAUGUUUGUUCACACUGGUGUGUGUGGGAACUGGGGAGCACUCUUGCAGGAAGAGGGAGCCUAAGGUGGCCUGGGGCCGUGAGACAUGAUAGAGAGGACAAAUUUUUUAACAUCAUCAUAAUCAAAUAAUCCGAUUACGAUUUAAAAUCGAUUAAUCGUGCAGCCCUACAGCUGACUGGCUAAGACCACAAAAACCUACUGGACAAAACAAACACUAAAUUCAGAAUAAAACAUUUCAUCACCUGAGCAGGUUCUGGGUGAAAGUGUUUGCUGGCUCUUAAAAAGGUGACAUGCAUUUUUCUUUCUUCCAGCUAUGAUGUUUCCAUCCUCUCCUCUGCUUGCAAUGAUGGCUCUUUGCUCCGCCACUCGGAACGCCACCCCCACCCGUCUCUCUAUGCCAUGGUUCAGAAAGCCCCCCACCAUCACCCCCAACCCACUGCGUGCAAGGGCGACAUGGCUGCUAUGAUCGAGGUGAAGAAAGACGAGGCAGAUCACGACAGAGAUGGCUUCCCCUAUGACACUCUCCACAUCUACGGCUACGAGGGACCCGAGUCUUUGGCCGGGAGUCUCAGCUCCCUGGAAAGUUCCUCCAGUGGUUCGAAUGUGGAUUAUGACUUCCUGAGUGAUUGGGGGCCGAGGUUCAGGACCCUGGCUGAGCUGUAUGGCGUGGAUGAACCAGAGUACUACCAUCAGUACUGAUGGAGACUGUCUGCUAAUAAGCACAUGUAAUGCCAAAAUACACACACACACACACCAAGAUCAAAAACAGCCAUAGAAGUACACCCACUUAAAGCCAAAAGCAUGCAGUAAAUAUAACACACCUACAAACACAGAGCCAGGCUUUUAGGCUGUCCAUUUUGUUUCCAGAAAAGGAGCUUUGAUCGAACACACGACCGUGUUCUCCAAAGACUUCUCGAGCGUCUGAAAACAGAAGCAGGGUGCUCUUGUUCCCAGUUUUAAUACUACAAACUUUCGUUAUUGUGUGUAAUUCAGUGCAACCUUUACUUUGUCUACCCUCCUCAGUCCUCAACUAAUCAGACAAAAAAAACCAAGAGCUUCAUUUCGUACUUGGAAGGAAACUCGAGCAAAUGGAAACAAGCUGUUUUUGUCCUCGGAGGUCUCUUUUUUGUGCCAUUUGACUCCUUCAAAAAGAUGCUUGGAAAAUCUUCAAAGUAACAUAGAGACAGGACACCAUAGGAAAGUGAGAACUAACUACAUCUGAGAUGUGAAACAGGACAGGAGUGAUUAUGAGGUCCUUGUGUGAGGAUGCCUUUCAUCCCUUCACAGGUGUUAUUGUGUGAUGUUUGACUUCAUUACCUAUUCAUUCUGUUUGAGAAGAUAUAAAGAUCUGAUCAGUUGAAACUCUACUGCUCCUGUUACAGAUCAGCGUUUUCCUUGGAUGACUGAUAGGCUUAUUGGGCCAUGGCUGACCAACAAUGUGACUCAGUUAUUUAAAUUCUUAAUGUUUUAUUGCUUUCAAUUCAUGUUGCACCAUUUUGCAUCCUUAAUUUAUGGCCAAAGUCUGUGCCACAGGCAGAGGUUUUAUCCUUCACAUUUUCAUGCUAGUCUUUUUUAUGCACCUUUAUCCAUAUGUACCUGCUUAUUUUUUAUAUACUUAAAGGUGGAGUAGGUAGGAAUCCGUUUAGAAAGCAUCUUUUUGUGGUUUAUAUACAAAAAAGCUUUUAAUAUCAGUCAGUAGAAAAGGCAGAAGAUGACCCGGACAAAAGCUAAGAAACCGGGUCAACAUCAAUGAAGCAUAAACGCUUCAGGGACGCGUCAGGAUCUUACGGACCCUGUAACCGUUCUUCUGGACAGGUAAACCGCUUUAACAAAGUAAGCCAAGUGUCUGUAACAGAAGUGUUUCUUGUCAAAUUGGGACCUGCUGCGUGUUGUAGCGCCGCUAAACUGUUUACCUCGGGCCCUGGACUAUGUCACUUUAUCCUGGUUGUAGAAUUCCUGCAAACAUUGUGUUUGCUGGUAGUCUGUUGGCAUCUAUAGUAACACCAAUGCUUAUUACUUUCAUAUUGACUGGACCCCAUUUGUAAAUAUCUUAAGUAUUUAUCUGCAUUAUAUCUGAAUUUAAUUGAAACAAUACGGGCUUGCCUGUUGUGGGCGGGGCUUGCUGGAGCAGAGAGGGAAGAAAGAGGAGGAGCUGAAUGGAAAACUGAUUGGGAGGGGUAGUGUUUACAUUCAAGAUUUUCUCCCAACUGGCAGAACUGGCCCUUUCUCAGAUCCUGCCAACUCCACCUUUAAUGUUGAUAUGACUAUGCUAAAAAUGGGUGAACUCCACAUGGGAACAACUGAAAAAUCUGUAUUUUAAAACUAUGCAUAGAUUUUUAUCAUCGCUGAUAUCUCAAAUUGCUCUUAUUAGGAAAAGGCUCAUUUGAAUAUUAACUUUUUAAAUUUUUAUCUCUUUCCCCAUGGGGAUGCAAAAUGGUGCAUGUCAAAGCAAUGUAUUAUUAAUUUGUGAUUUUGAUCGUUUUGUUCAGUCUUAUGCCUCCCUGUUGCUUGAUGCUGAUGGAUUUUUGUUUAAUUGUCAAAAGCAGCACAAACAGCAAGAACAUGGCAAGAGAGAUCCCAUGUUUGAUCUGAAGUUGAUGAGUGGAAUUGAAUUUGAGGAUUUGAUUGUUUGAGGGGAAAAAAACUUGAGGAGCCACAAGAGUUUAAACUCAGAUGUUUGACUCCUUUGAUCCCAACAUAAUGCCAGUGGUGUUUAUUUUUUUUAGAAAUACAAAAAUGAGUGUUUAAAUCUGGAAAACUCAUCGGUCUGUGAUGUCCACUGCACUAUUUCAUGAUACCAUUGCAUUUUUUUUCUUUUGUUUUACAUAUUAAGUACUUUUUUUUCGUAUUUGUGUAUAGUAUUAAUUCUUUUCAUUGUCAUAACAGAAAAGUGCAUCAAAAGUUCUUGGUCACCGGCACUGAGGCAGUUUUGUCUUGGUGGAAAAUUUGAAAUGAAUAAGGAGUCUUUUUCUAAGUGUGUCAUUUUCCCAAUUUUUCUGGCUAUCUUCAACUCUGAGAAGAGAGGCAGACGAAUGAACGCACGGACAGAAAGGAAAUGGCACUAGUGCUGCUCAGACAGAAUUACAGCACGUUCCCAGGGCUUAUUUGACAGGAGCCAUCAUCACAGUUAUUGUUGAGAUGAAAGCUCAAUUCUCAGAGGCCUACUAGAACAAAAGUCGUUCAGACAACUCAGGAAACACUGAGUGGCAAAUGCAGCCUGUCGGACGGCUGUGAUGACUCUGAGGUGGCUCGAAUAACUUUAACCUUUCAUCUUUUUUGGCCACUGUCGGGACAAAAGCUCCCUGAUCCAAUAUUUCAACAAUCUCCGGGAGAUUUUCAAGGGUUUUUACAGAAACAGAAAGAAAUGUUAUCAAGAAAGUAAGCUUUGAACCUGUCAUUGACUUGGAACUACUUCUCUGACAACCUUUUCAACCCUGGCUUUCUGGAAGAAGGCUUUUGACCUUCUGGUUGUGAACUUUUCUCAAUGUUACAGUAGCUUUUAAGCUGUCUGGCCAUGUGUUAAUGGAGGCUCUAAAGGUCAGUCAUUGUUUGAAGUGAAGCCUUAUCAGUAAAAUCAGUCGAAUUCACGUUUGCAAACCUCAUUAACAAUUUUGAAUGCAUUGUUGGCCAUGCUGAACUCUGCUGAAGACACAGCCACGCGUCUUUUAGACAAUAUCCUUGUUUGUUUUAGAGAAUGAAGUUUAUUUAUCCCCCUGUUUAUUCUGUUUGGUUUGGACUUGAACUUGUUUCUUUAAAACCCUGGCCUCCCUGGAAUGCCGUUUGAUAAACGUUGGAUACAAUAGCUGGAAGCCCUGGGAAUGCCUUCCUGUUGCGUUCAUAUGUAUACUUAGAGCAACCAGUUCCUCCACCUCACUCUCAGUCUGUCUCUCCUGCCUGCCUUGUUUGCUCCACCGUAUCUCCUUCUCUCUCUCUCUCUUUCUCCGUCCUCUAAUCAGUUAAACCAAACACAAGAGUCAACUUCCUGUCCAUCUGGGAGGUUGCUCCCGCCCCUUCCUGUCUGUGUUAUCUUAAGAGGGAGCUAACACAUUGUGCUCACUUCCCGUUAGACCCGGCCUGGGAAACAACCUUUAAGAGGAAAGAGGAGUGAGGCAAGGAGAGACAGUGGAUGAGGUUGGGGGUUAACGGGAAAAAAAACUGAGGAGAACAAUGUAGAGCAGUGAUGAGUUUUCCAGCCGAGCAAACACUCUUCUUCAGAGCAAAGAUACAAAGAUGUUGGUGAUGAAAUGCUGACAGACAUCAAACCGGCAGGUGUUGUUAACAUCCUGUCUCCCUGGCAUCUUAAUGAGGCAAACAUUACCCACAGAUGAUUCCUCCCAUUCAGACGUGUUACCCUAACUUGGACUAAUGCCCUUUAUUACAUCCUUCAUUUUUGUUGCACUAAAGAUUUAACUGCAGCACAACCUGACCAUGAGAUAAAUAUUUUACAUUACUGAUAAAAAAAUUUCCAAAAUUUAAUCCAAGAUAAAAAUGAUAAAAAUUUGAUACACCCUUGAUCAAACAUUAGCUCACAUGUCUGGUUCCUGUUAAGUUUUGGACAAAGAAUAAAGACUCCUUUGUGAUUCUGAUUAAAAACAAGAGGAAACAAUGUGAAAGAUACUCUUUUGUGUUUUUCCACUUUUACAGUUGCUUUCAGCUCUUUUUUUAAAUAGUGUUUUGCCAAAUUAUUGUUAUGUUUUUUGUAAUCAAGAGCUUGAAACAAAAAGAGGUGCACUGUUUUGUACUUUCCUUACAGCAAUAAGUGUUGUGUGCACCCACAGGUGGAAAUCUUGGAUAUCUAUGGAGGUACAUGAGUGAACAAAUUUGCCAGUGAAGAUUUUUAAUUGUUAGGUCAAAUUAACUCUGUGUAGAAGACAUAACCAAUACAUUUCCAUAUCUUAAGGAUGAACGUGUAAUUCAUAGGAGGAAUAAAUCAUACACUUGCAAAAUAUGAAGGUAAUUUUCUCGCAAAAAAAAAAGACAAAAAACAUGCAGGUCACAUUGUCAUUGGUCGUUUCUGUUCUGCUUCUUCACAGGGACUUGUCACAUACUACACAUUGUUGUUGAAUCCAUGAGGAUAUCUUAAUUUUUUAUUGGCAUAAUCAGUUAAGUACAGCAUAACUGAAAUAUGGUGAUCCUUGAAAGUGCCAUAUUUAGUUUUUAUUUAAAGGCUAUGGGCGGUUAUGUGAAAGUGUUGUCAUUUGUUAUCGAAUGGUGAAUUAUUUUGAAUCCGGGAAGUGAAGUAAUAUCUCUCAGGUAGGGAUCCAUGCACAAUAAAAGCACGUUUGACUUUACGUUAAGAGACAAAUAGCCCUUAUGUUUCAGCAUACUAGCAGACCUUUGAGUGAUUCAUCUGUGAUUCCUUCUGUGUAUCAUGUGUGAUAAUGAGGGGGUGUACUUUGACUGACAUGUACAUAGAAAAAAGAUGUGCCUAAAAGUGUAUUUUUUAAUUCUCUGGCCUCACCUUGUUUAUCAUUUGCCUCAAUAACUGUAUUCAGAAGAUGUUAAACUUGACACAAUCUCUUUCUAUCGCUGUAAAAAGUAAGUAGAGGUUCAUUUUCUCCAGAUGGCAGAGAGUCUUUGAUGCAUGAGUGACAGUCAGAGUGAGUCUGUGAUUUUCUGUUUUUGUUCAUGUGUGUGUCAGUUUGUGUGCUUGUGAUUGUACCCAUGUACAUACACACAAAUGAGUGUUGAACCAAUAAAAAAUAGCAAACACAUAGAAAUACUUUUUUUUCUAGUGUAAAUGCAGGAGGGGUCUUGAAGGGAGGAACAUGUGCCUUUAUUCUUUCAAAAAAGAAAUACUGUAAUUCAUUUUUUUGAUGGCAAACACUAUGUUUUCUAUAUUGUUUUUAUGGUGUAUAGCAUCUACUUUUUAUUACCUGACAAUUUUUGUAAGUGUAGAACAAAAAAUAAACACUUAAUCAAGUUUU